AUUCGCUUUUAUUUUUUUAAUGUGAACUUCAGAUUUGAGAACUUCAUUUGAUGUAAUUGUGUAAACAAUUGAAUGGGCGAAGAGCGAAUGCAGUAGAGAUCGAUCCGGUUGUUAACUCACCAGCGGGAUCUGCGGGUCCUCUGCCCCCGGCGAGACAUGGCGGCGGCGGUGGCGGUGCGGGGCCUGUGGAGAGGCUGCGGAAGUAUUUUUGUGAGCUCUGCCUGGAAUCGGACUGGAUGGCCUCUUCUCCACUGUACCUCAGCGCUUCAGACUGGAUUAUCCACAUCCACAACACUCCCUUUUGUGCUGCAUCAAUAUAGGCACAGCAGUUUCUUUAACAAAUUGACAGCAGAUGAAUUAUGGCGGGGUGUACUGGCAGAAUCUGGUGCAGGAGCACGAAAGGGGAGGGGUAAACGAACUAAGCGGAGGAUAAAGAAAGAUUUGAACAGAGGACAGAUAGUUGGUGAAGGGCGAGCUGGCUUCCUCUGGCCUGGAUUAAACGCUCCUGUUGUGAAAAGCGGAACCAUUCAAACAAUCGGAAAGCGUGACCAAAAACAACAAGAAGAUCUGCAGGCACAAGUCCUUCGACAGCAGGAGGAAUGGGAGAAGAAAAGGAAGACAAAACUUAAAAGAGAAAGAGGCUGGACUGGCAGCUCUUGGGGUGGCAUCAGCUUGGGUCCCCCUGACCCAGGUCCUAAUGGAGACAGGAGGUGGUCAUUCAGCUCACUGGAUAAUGCUAGUCCCAACAAAGUUCAAAAAACAUAUGAAGAUUUUGACUCCAAGGUGAUAGAGGUUAAAAGUGUCUUCAACAUGACAGCAAAAGAAGGGAGGAAGAGAUCAAUCAGUGCUCUGGUCGUGGUUGGAAAUGGAAAUGGGGCUGCAGGUUUUGCAGUCGGGAAAGCUCCUGACCGAACAACAGCUCUCCGAAAGGCAAAGAAUAGAGCAAUCCACUAUUUGUACUUCAUUGAACGGUACAACGAACACACCAUUUAUCAUGAUAUAGCAUCGAAAUUUAAACGAACAACUAUAAAAAUGAAGAAGCAGAACUACGGGUAUGGACUACAUUGUCAUCGAGCUAUCAUUUCAAUAUGCAAAUUAAUUGGAAUCAGGGACAUGUAUGCCAAGGUUACUGGAUCAACAAAUCUAUUGAAUAUUACUCAAGCCCUUUUCCAAGGAUUAUCAAAGCAGGAGACUCACAGUGACUUAGCUGAGAGGAAAGGGUUGCACGUCGUAGAGUUUCGAAGUGAAUGUGGGCCUUUACCGAUAAUUGUGGCCUCCCCACAUGGAGCAGUCCGGAAGGAACCAGAACUCGAAGAUGAAAUCCUGGACACCAAGUUGGAUUGGGAUGAAGUGAAAGCGGUGCAGGGCUUGAAGCAGUCCAUCUGGGCAAACGUCAAGCGUACAAUCUGGUGAUCAAGUGGUAUUUGACAAGGAGGUGGGGUUGAAGCAAUUUUGCCUACUGAACAUGCAAAGGAAACUGGAACAAUGAAGCUUUCUGUAGUGUUUCCAGCAGCAUAACAUUGUAUCAUCUCCCCAGACUGCAGUUUAUGUGACAAGAAGUUUAUUCAUUUAAUUUUCCAAUUUUGUUGUAAUUUCUUUGAGUGAGGGAGCAGAGCUUGCAGCACCACAAGUUGUGUUACUUAUAAUGGUGUCCGACACCUGAAUGCAAAUAAAAUCUUCUUUAUUUAAUUUUAUAAA